CCCAUUUUCGCUUCAGGUCGCCUCGGAGUGGUCGCCGAUUGAGCGUUGACGGUCGAGGUUGAGCGUCGACGGUCCUGGGUUUACCGUGGAUGACCGUGGGUUGAGCGACGACGUCUGCUGCGCGUUGGGGAUGAUGGGGUUGGUUGCCGUGAGUGUAGGUAAGUUAAGAGAGAGGAAGAGAGAGGCUGAGAUGGGAUUUGAAAUGUGGGGUAGUUUUGGGAAAUUAGUAAAGUGGCCAUAUAUGACCAAUUUUAAUAACUAUGCUAAAUUAUAGGAUAUUUUAAGUAAAUAGCUUGAAAUUAAUCAGAUGGAAAAAAGAAAAAAAAACUUGGAAAAUCAAUAAAUGUCAUUUCCCCUUAUUUGUACGGACUUUUUUUUCUUCUUCUUCUUCUUCAACCUAAACUCAAAACCCUUAAACUGUUUCUCCUCAAUUCUUCUCCAAACAAACUCAAAACUUUCUGCUGCACCAACAACAACUUCUCUGUUUUUACUCUUUACUUUUGCUAGUUAAGAGUUGGUAAGCUUCUGGGAAAAAUGAUUGGUUUUCUUCUCUCAAUUCAAGAGUUGAUUGAAAAACCAAAAGUGGGAAGAAAAAGUGCAAAAAGCCCCACCAAACAUGCCUGAAUUGAAUUCACCUUUUGGAGCUUCUACCCCUUAACACACUAGCUCAACCGGGGGCCACUCAAAUGUAGUAUGGAAAAUGACUUUGGCAGAGCAAUUAGCGUAGUUGAUGAGAAAGCUGAGUUUUGUGUGUGAAUUCUGUUCUUUUGGCAAUAAUCACAAAAUAUAAGUUAUAACAAUGAAGGAAAUUGACUAGUAUGCCAUUUUUCUCAAUUUGUCGAAACCUUAACGUUUUGAGAUUUAUGGCUACUACCCCGAAGGCCUUCUACACUGGGGCAGCCUCAGGUACUCUUCAGAUAACAACUUCCUUAUUGAAGGAAUGCAAGUAUUUGAUUCAGGCCAAGCUAACUCACCAAAAAAUCUUGGUACUUGGCCUAGCACACUGUCUCACAGAUCUUAUUGGUGCCUACAUAACAUGCAAUGCUCCAGCAUAUGCCACGAAACUGCUUGAGCGCCUUGAGCCGUUGCCAUAUUCUCUAUUUUGGUGGAAUGCGUUGAUGAGGCGUGCAAUUCGCUCUGGUUUGCCAAAUGAAGUCCUUGUACUGCACCUUCAAAUGCACAGACUUGGGUGGAGGCCUGACCAUUACACAUUUCCUUUUGUUCUUAAAGCUUGUGGUGAACUUUCCUCAUUUCGGCUAGGCGCUUCAGUCCACGCUGUAGUAUGCUCAAGUGGGUUUAAUGGAAAUGUGUUUGUUUGUAAUGCUCUGGUCACUAUGUAUGGUCGUUGUAGUGCUUUGGGAAAUGCACAAAAAAUGUUUGAUGAAGUGUUCAACAGAGGAAUAGGUGAUGUUGUUUCGUGGAACUCGAUCGUGUCAGCUUAUUCCCAAAAUGGUGAAUCAAAGAAUGCAUUGAAUAUGUUUGGUCGAAUGAUGAAGGAUCUUAGUGCACGCCCUAAUGCUUUUAGUCUAGUGAAUAUCCUUCCUGUUUGUGGCUCUAUGGGUUUAUCAAUGUGGGGUAAGGAAGUUCAUGGUUUUGCUGUCCGAAAUGGUUUUAAUGAAGAUGUCUAUGUGGGUAAUGCCAUUGUGGACAUGUAUUCCAAGUGUGAGUUGAUGGAUGAGGCUGACAAAGUUUUUGGGCAAAUGAAGGUUAGGGAUGUGGUAUCGUGGAAUGCUAUGGUUACAGCGUAUUCUCAUGUUGGUAGAUUUGAAGAUGCUAUUGGCUUAUUUGAAAAGAUGAGUAAUGAGAAAAUUGAAUUGAAUGUUGUGACAUGGAGUGCAGUAAUUGCAGGGUUUGCUCAACGAGGUUUAGGUUAUGAAGCAUUGAAUGUAUUUCGACAAAUGCUAGGUUGUGGUAUUGAUCCAAAUGUUGUUACCCUUGUGUCUCUUUUGUCAGGUUGUGCAUCUGCAGGAGCAUUACUUCAGGGAAAGGAGGCUCAUUGUUAUGCCAUAAAAUGUGUUCUAAACCAAGACAUGAAAGAUCAAGAGGAAGAUUUAAUGAUUAUUAAUGGUCUAAUUGACAUGUAUGCUAAAUGCAAAGGUCUCAAAAUGGCACGAAAGAUGUUUGAUCUUAUAGAACCGAAGGAAAAAAAUGUGGUGAGUUGGACAGUCAUGAUUGGUGGGUAUGCUCAACAUGGGGAAGCCAAUGAUGCGUUACUUCUAUUUCACCAAAUGCUUGGUCAACAUAACUACCAAAGGCCUAAUGCUUUCACCAUGUCUUGUGCUUUGAUGGCAUGUGCUCAUUUAGGGGCACUAAGAUUCGGUAAAGAAAUUCAUGCCUAUGUAAUUCGCAAUGAACAUGAUUCCACGACACCUUUUGUGUCUAAUUGCCUUAUUGAUAUGUAUUGCAAAUCUGGAGACAUUGGUGAUGCUCAAGUUGUGUUUAACAAGAUGAAACUCAAGAAUUUUGUUUCAUGGACAUCAUUGAUGGCUGGUUAUGGCAUGCAUGGUCAUGGUAAAGAAGCUCUUCAGGUGUUUGAUGAUAUGAGAAAAGUAGGUAUGGUGCCGGAUGGUGUCACUUUUGUCGUUCUCCUAUACGCUUGUAGCCAUUCUGGAUUAAUUGAUGAGGGAAUAAGAUAUUUUAGUGACAUGACCAAGGAUUAUGGUGUUACUCCUACGGCAGAACACUACGCUUGCAUGGUUGAUCUCUUGGGCCGUGCUGGUCGCUUGUGUGAAGCUUUGAAGCUUAUUAGUGACAUGCCUAUGGAACCAACUCCGAUAGUUUGGUUUUCAUUACUUAGUGGUUGUAGGAUUCAUGGAAAUGUUGAGGUUGGGGAAUAUGCUGCAAAUAGGUUGUCAAAAUUGGAUUUGCAGAAUGAUGGAUCCUAUACUUUGUUAUCAAACAUGUACGCCAAUGCUAAUCGAUGGAAAGAUGUUGCUAGAAUUAGAUAUAUGAUGAAACAUACAGGGAUCAAGAAGAGGCCGGGUUGUAGUUGGGUUCAAGGAAAGGAAGGGACUACAACAUUUUUUGUAGGAGAUAGGCGACAUCCUCGAUCCCAACAAAUAUAUGAAUUGCUUGCAAGCUUGAUAGAGCGCAUUAAAGCCAUCGGGUAUGUCCCAGAAACCAGUUUUGCACUCCAUGAUGUGGAUGAUGAGGAAAAAGGUGAUCUUCUCUUUGAACAUAGUGAGAAGUUGGCUCUUGCCUAUGCCAUUCUGACAACUCCACUUGGUACACCUAUUCGUAUCACCAAGAAUAUACGUGUUUGUGGUGAUUGCCACAAUGCCAUGACUUAUAUAUCCAAGAUUAUUGAACAUGAAAUCAUAUUAAGAGAUUCAAGUCGCUUCCAUCAUUUUAAGAAUGGUUCAUGUUCCUGCAAAGGUUAUUGGUGAGAAUGACCUUAAGUAUUUGCUUUGCUAUCAGCUAUAGGAAAAUUUAUACUCAUUAUGUCCUGCAAUGAAGAGAUUUUGGGUAAUAUUUUCAAAUGAAUAGGGUCCUGUUUGGCAUCAUCACUUAAAGAGUGUUUGAGUUUGUUUUCUUGGAUAGAAAACUGAGUUAAAAGAAACAAGAAUUUUGAGAACACCUCUAAUAUGUUCUCCAGUGUUUGUUCUUAGUUCUCUUGGUUCUCCUCAAUUCUUCUCCGAACAAACUCAAAUCUUUACACUUCACCAACAAGUAAGUAAGAUCAGCCACUCUCAACUUUUUUUUUUCUGUAAAUGCUCGACAGUUCAAACUUCAAAUAAUGUCUUUAAAAAAGUAAAAGCAAUAUUUGGUUUUGCUUUGGGGUUGGUUGGUUUGGUGCAUGGUGUAAGUAAAGCAUAUUCAACAAUUGAUGGCUCCUUGUUUUUCGAAAAGAGAAUUGAUCUGUCAAUAAAGAAUACUUAGUGAACUUAGGUAGAUCAGAUUCCCAAUUUCUUUCCCAAAAGUUUGUAAAUCUGUCUCAAUACUUGUUUUUGAGUCUUGCCCUUUAUUCCUCCAAUCAAUAAAAUGUAAAAAGUUAUCAUCUUGAGCUUUAGUCAAG